AUGCUCGGUUUUGAUAUCCCUGAUGCUAUUUCGCUUCUGCGAACGGACGAGUUGUAUGUGGAAUCUUUUGAGAUAAAGGAUGUGAAGACCCUUAAAGGGGAGCAUCAGUUGCGAGCUAUCAGGAGAUUGUCAGGGAAAGGAGGGAAGACGAGAUUCGCGAUUGAGAAUUCAACAAAGACAAGGAUUGUGAUUGCAGACACAAAGAAUGAUUCCUUAGUUUCAGAGAAUCAAACUACUAGUUCCUUAGCUAACAUCACAACACAACAGAGGGAAAUAUAUACACACUUAUACUCUUUAACACUAGAAUAUGUUCUUUAUUGCAUAUUGAGAGCCUAA